GCUGCGCCUGGCUGUCCGCGCUGUGAGACGGUGGACCUCACUCAAACAGUCGUCAAACAGUUGACCGUUGUGUUCCGAGACGUAAGAAAAACGUGUCCGGUGUUUUUUCGGGAGAGGAAAACCGCACCGAGCGACUUCACUCCAGAACCGAGACCAGCCCAUCACCACCAUGGGAGUCCUCGCGCAGCGUACGUCUCGCUUUCGCGCCUUUUUCGCGGCUGGUUAACCGUUAGGAAAAGCCGUGUUUCAGUGGACGGUCAGCUGGUGGACACAUUUCUUGUCCAGGGACAGACACGUCCCUUGGGAAGAUGCCCGGCAGGAACAGGUACAACCUUGUGGACGACGUGGCGGACUCCCGUGUGCCGCUUCAUAACGACGAGGCUUUCCAGCACGGAAUACAUUUCCAAGCCAAGUAUGUUGGUAGUCUGGACGUCCCAAGACCUAACAGUCGUAUGGAGAUUGUUGCAGCUAUGAGGAGAAUCAGAUAUGAGUUCAAAGCAAAGAACAUUAAGAAGAAGAAAGUGAGCAUGGUGGUCUCAGUGGAUGGAGUAAAAGUAGUACUGCGAAAGAAACAGAAGAGAAAAGAAUGGACAUGGGAUGAAAGUAAAAUGCUGGUGAUGCAUGAUCCCAUAUACAGGAUUUUCUAUGUAUCCCAUGACUCUCAGGAUCUUAAGAUUUUCAGCUACAUUGCCAGAGACGGAUCCAGCAACACUUUCAGAUGCAACGUCUUCAAGUCCAAAAAGAAGAGCCAGGCUAUGCGUAUAGUGAGGACGGUGGGACAGGCCUUUGAAGUGUGCCAUAAGCUGAGUCUGCAGCAUGCUGAACAGAGUGGGGAUGGACAGCUGGACAGCCCUGCAGAUGGAGAGAGCGAUAAGUCUGCAGAGGAACCCACUAAUGAAGGCCGUCAGCUGACUGGAGCUGAACGGGAUGAAGUCAAAGAUGUGGGGGCAGAGUCGCAGUCUGCCAGUGUGUGUGAGCGAGCUAUGAACGAAAUCCUUCAGAGCCUAUCAGAUCUCAACAUGGUCAAACCAGGACAAACCCUCCAGGACUUGGAGGGUGUGUCUCUCUACACUCUGUCUCCCAGCAGCCCUUGCUCACCAUCUCUCACUCCACUGGCUACCCACCACCACCUGCAGUUACUACAGCAGCAGUUACUACAGCAGCAACAGCAAGCACAGGUUGCUGUGGCACAGGUGCAGCUCCUGAAAGACCAGAUGGCAGCAGAGACUGCUGCAAGGAUGGAGGCUCAGGCCAGGACCCACCAACUGCUUCUGCAGAAUCGAGACCUACUGCAACACAUCGCACUGCUGGUCAAACACAUUAGUGAACUGGAGUCCAGAGUCAACGGCACUACACAGUAUGAAGAGUCACCAUGGAGAGGUGUUUCCACCUGCUCUCUCUCACUCAAUCUGAAGAACCGCUACACACCCAGCUCAGACCAGCCCAUGACCUCCACGCCAGCGGGAGAGACAGAAAACUGUCUCCCGAUCAGCCCUACAGCGGACUGUGCCGAGUCUUACCUCAACCUGCUCAAACUGGGCAGACCCCUCACAGCCACAGCCAAUGGCAAGCCAGCAGAUGCAGGAUGUGAGCAGGGAUUGGACAGUGCGAAGAGUGACAUCACUAGGAUGAAUUCAUCUGCGCUGGACAAACGGUUCAAGCAAAUCAUUCCUAAGCUAGACCCACCCCCUCCACCCAUCAACAGAAAGCGACCAAAUAGAACUUUUUCUCCAGGCUCGGAGGCCAACGGCUCCUCCUUCCCAGACAUCACUUCCUGUACCAUUUCCCCCGGCGAAUUCUACUCCCUCAGCAAUGGUGGGAGCGCCUCAUGUUCGGUCAGUGAGGAUUCUGGUGUCCGCUCUGACAACAAGUCCCUCACGUCCCCGCAGCCUGGAGAGGACCCAUUUGAGGACCGCAGCUCUGCCCUCCUGUCAACCUCUAGUACCUGCAGCAGUUUACCGGAAGACCGCCCCUUCACUGGUACUCCGCCCCACCUGACCACGCCCAACAGCUAUGAGCACACGCUUCCAUUUUCUUCACCUGUUAACGAGACCUGCCUUCACAUCAGCCUGAGUGAGGAUGAGCUGCUGGAGGACAGCAUUUGUAACACCUCUACACCACUUGAGAGUUAGGAGGCUGGGUUAAUAUGACCUAAGUAAAGCCCCUGACUUACUGUGGUCUAGCUAUGGUCUAGCUAUGGUCCAUGAGUUGAGGAACUACGACCAUCACACUAAAUAAGAAGGGACUUCAACUGCUUCUCUAAGCACUAUUUGAGCUGAGUUUUAACAGAGGUAAAUGUAAUGUAAUCAAGAAAGGAUUUUAUUGGUCCUAUGGGAUAAAGUGUUUGUGUAAUGUCCCUGAAUUACUACAGGUAGCCCAGAUAGAAACAUCAUAGCCUGGACACGUAUGUCAGGAUUUUGCAACACGUUCCACACCUAAUAACAAUAAUAUUAUGCACAGAUACGCCUCUUAGCAAAUUUGCAUUUAUAUUUCCAAAAGGGUAAUUUUAUCCUGACUGCUUUUACUGAGAGGGUCCCAGGUUCUGAGGAUUACAGAAGACCAUUCAUGUCAGGCUUAAAACUACAUGCUGGGUUAAAAUCAUGCAUUUUGACAGUAAUCACUUAAAUUAUAGUACAUUUUGGGUAAAACAAAUCCAGUUGAAACAGAGCUUAAGACUCUCAAAGUGGAGUCAUUUUUACACAUUGUGUUAUAGUUCUAAAAUGGCAAAGUCAAUAUGACAGUGUCAUUUUUUCCAUGCCUUUAUUAAUGACACUAAUCUUAAUGCUUAUGUCCCUGUAAGACAGAAGCACCCAUUGUCUGCAAUAUCCUUAAACAUUUGUCAUGUGCAAAUUCAAUAGAGAAAGAAUUAAUGACACUGUGUGGGGUACUGUGGGCUGGAUAGAUAGAAAUAUUUUUUUAGAAAGAAAAUGGGUAGAUGUUAUUUUUAGACUGUAAUACAUAUAAAUACAUAUAACUACAUAGUUAUGUUCAGUGCCAAUCACUUAGGAAAAGAAAGAAUAUAGAAUUAUAUUAAAAUAGAUGUUUACUAGUUGCUACAUUAUUGUUUGGGUAGUUCACAUGCACACAGGUGUUUUUAUAAAGUCAAAGGCCAAGUCCAAUGCUUGCCUAACUGGAAGCAUAACUAGAAUGAAAGUGUCUGUGUUUUGAGAAGAAAGGUAUGCUCUCCAAAGGUAAAGAUGUACAAAAUAACAAGCAAACUGGUGAGGGAAAGUAGUCCUGGGAAUAGCCAGAAAGAGUAAUGCAAAAGCUUAUCAAAAAUAUGCAGAAAUUUGCAGGAAGACUGAAGGUGGAACUGGAAGAGGAGGCGUAAUCAGGAAUUCAUAAGCAGCACAAAUUGGCACUCGUUUGGUUUGGUUCAAAGAAAGGAUAAGGACUCAUGAAGGCAGCAUGAAUGAAAGUAUAAUUGGGAGCUGAAGAGGUGUGGUAAUGACUGAAUUUGGUUUAUACAUUGCACAAUGGCAAAUUUCCUUGAUGACACCUCUGCGCUGUCAUCAUUAGAGAGAACGUAAGGCAGGAUCAUUAUCACGUCUUUCUUCCUGAGGGAGGAAGGGGUAGGGAGAGAGAGAGAAUUGGAGGGCGAGGUGAAUUGAUUUACAGGAACGUUCGCAAGCUGCUACUUCCUGUAAACAUCAAGCUUCUCAAUCUCUCAUGUCAAUUGCUUCUCAAUUCUCAGUUCCCGCUUCAGCAGAAAUGCUAGUUAAAUUGCCAAACUCUUCUAACAACACUCCACCUGCGUCUAAUGGUUCUGUGCAAGCAUAUCAAACAAAAGAAAGCGAAAUCAAUUGAGAACCACUGUCGAUUUCCCGGUCAUAAUAUUGGUACAGCUAACAUUGUGGCACUCUGUUACAACACACGUAAAAUGACCAGAGAUGCACACCUUUGCUGCUGAACAAGACUCUGGGGUUUUCCUUCACAUAGAAGAUGUGGCACUUUUACAUUUUGAUGAAAUGAGGUGCACUGUACCGCUGUUACUGUGUGGAAGAAAAAGAAAAAGACUUCUGACCUAAAACUGUGAAAUAAGCAUGAAAAAACAAGGUUUGUUUACUAGCAAUAAGAUGUAGUGAGGAAAGCAUUAGCUCUCUGUACUAUGGACAGUGAAGAGGAGAGAAGGAAUGGAAACAAGGGAGCAGUGGAUGAAGGAACGAUAAAAGGAGGGAUUAAUGGAGGAGCAGGGGGUGAGCAGGUGCCUAUGGCUGAUACCAGCUUGUCUGUCACCCCAGGACAAACAGAAAUGGAGGUAGGGAAGCAGAGGGGUGUGAAGAGAACAUGCAGUGGCACUAUACAGCUGCUUUGUGACAAGGUCUGUUGUAAGUCCUGCUACACAGAUACAACAGAAAUUGACUGAAAUGAAGCAAUAGAUGCACCUUCUGCCAGCAAAACUGAAGAAAACUGGAAUAAAUGAAAUGUUAGUAGCAAUCCCCGUUUCCCAUACAGACCUAGCCAGAAACCUAAAGAAAAUAAAUAAAUAAAAAAACCCUCAGUGACUGUUUUAUUUAAAAGUGCAUGCUAAUUUUUCUGUAAAUUAUUCUGCUUUCAGUUUCAGCCAAACUGUAAUUGUGUUUCAGAACCUCCUCCCACCGUCUUCCUUUUGAAUUACGACUCUGCUCCUGCUGUAUGUAUAGCUCAGUAGAGAAGACACUGUCACUAUCUACACACUCAGCCGGGCUCAAGAGUAUGAUGGCUAACCCCUUCUGCCUAAGGGCAUUUUGAAGUGCUUCAGAUAAACUGAAUAUGAAUAUGUUGAAAGAGUUCUUUUCCCAUGAGUAACGAGUGCUAUAAAUCAAAUGUAAGAAAGCCAAGGUUACACAAGGUGAGCGGACAUCGUCUCUGCUUUAAGGUCAGCAGACAUACAUUGUUCUUCCAGAGGGAAAUGUGAUCACAGCAAAGAAAUAGGGGUCAAUCUAGAAAACCCAGGCAAUCUCUCCCAAGAAUUUUGCUUUCAGUGAGGAGUCUUUCCCUAUGACCCAGUGAGGCAUAGAAGGAGACGGAGGUUCCCCCUUCAUCCAAUCAAUGCAGAAGGAUCGUGUUAAUCCCCAUUUCAGCUUUGCUCCAUCUCUGCGCCCCAUCCUCCCACUCAGAUCCUCUUCAUAUUGACAUGCUGAAGAGUCCAUCAAUACACAUUACCCUGGCCCAGUGAGGAGAGGAAAGGAAAGGAGAAAGGGAGCACGUCAGUGAGAAACUGAGAAAAUGGAUCAGUUGAAUCCUCACUGCUCUUUAAAGAGAUUUCCUGUCAGUCAGGGAGAGAGGCUAACGAGUCCAAACAAACCUCAGUUAGAAGUAGAUGCAGAAGCUCUGGGCCUCUGGAAACUGAACUUCAUUUAGCUGAGGAAGAUUGUUAAGAGCAUAUGGCCAUCUUCCAGUAACUAAGUGUAGAAACACAGAGUAAUGUCUGUCAGUCAAACACAGUCGAUCAAUGUCUUCAUACUGGUGACCAACUUUUGGUAUUGUCACAGUAUGGUUAAGGGACCCAAAUGAGGGAAAACCAAAACUUCCACACUUUUUUUGAAAUGCCAGAAACACUGGUAAAGUUUCAAAAUGUACCAUUUACUCCUCAGUCCAUACAGUCCAUCGAUGGACCGGAAGCUAUAAAAACUAUUUUUGAUUGCCUGUUUACGUGAUGUCAUGAAAACCAACACGUGGACAUACAGCCAAUCAGAUCAGGGCUCAUUUACGUAUCUCAGCUUUAAAUGCAGAAUAUCAAAAGUAGCCUUUUUAACUGUACUGGGCGGUACAGUGGCGCUUCACAGCAGGAAGGGCCUGGGUUCGAUUCCCCAGCCGGGCGACCAGGGUCCUUUUUAUGUGGAGUUGUCAUGUUCUCCCUGUGUCUGCAUGGGGCCUUUCAAAAUAGAAAUAAACACUGAAUCAAGUUUAAUACAGGUUAUAUUCUUAGGCUUUACUGUUUUGUAUUUAUAACAAAAAAUCUAAUGCAAUUUAAAUAAAUAAUAUAACCACCAGCACUGUACUGUUUACAGUUUAUAAUUAUGUAAACAUGUGUUCUCCUGGCAUGUGCUUGCAGGAAGACUGUAGCAGAAGCUGUUUACUCCCACCAUGACUUCCACCAAAAUGACAGUAAUUGCACAGGGUUAGCGGAAUGAUUACAUUCUAAAACAGUAUAAGUAUUACUGAGUUUCUUAUCAUUAAACCUGGAAAUCGUCCCAGCUCUAUUUAUUUGGGAACAAGAGGGCUAAUAACAUAUUCAGGUGCUGCUGAUGAAGCAUUUACAAUCUCUUCCUAUAUAUAGGUUUUACUGGGUUCUUCUUCAGCAUAGCAUAUUACAACAAAUACUCCUCUAAUUUAGUGACCCAGUGUAGCAUCAGUUGCCUCUGCUCUCAUAGGAGCUGUGUGAGCUCCAAUACAGACGUAAAAUUGCAGAGUGCUUUGUUGUUUUAAUUAAUAUCGUCAUCAUGGCUCGCUAGCAUUGCUUUGUCCCUCUUUUUGAAAUUCUAUGUAUAAUUUAUCUGUCUGCCUCCAUCUUCUCCUCAGCCUUUUCUCAGUAAAGCAUCCAUUAUCUUGUCUUUUUGUUAAGUGAGUUGGAAUCUGUAGAAACAACAUUGCUCUUUCCCCAUACAGAUUUAGCCAGAAGCCUAAAGAGAAGACAGAAAUUCAGGCUUUCCGAUUUGAUGCCCUCCCUCUGUGUUGAUGUUCUAUAAACAGAACGCUGAAGAAGGGGAUCCUCUUCUUCUUCCUAUCAUUUUACUGCCUCAGAGAUUUCAGGGGCUGCACUGCUGCUCAGUAAAAGCACCAGAGUGCUCAUAUGAUUCCUAUUCUGGUCAGACGAAUUCAGUUUACGGUGUAUUGCUAAAGAUCCAAGUUUAAAAUAGAUUUGUUUAAUAGUUUAUUCACUUUCCCUGUAUUUAUUACAUUCUAUCUUACAUAAUUGAAUUUACUGCCUUGCUUGUAUUUGUUUAGACAUUCAUACCGUGGAAAACAAACGACACCAAGAGCCCUGAGGAGGACAAUGAUGCUGAGCUAAAGAUUGAGGAGUUGUUGGAAUGGCAUGUCUGGCUCAGUAGAAACAUUCAUGGCUGGGGCAGAUUGUCUUCUGGAACCCAAGGAUUGAUUCAAGGGACCAGUGACUAAAGUUGAGGUUUACCUGCUUCCACCAGUCAAGUCGUUUUGAGUGUUCCAUUCUCCUGCUUUCUCACUGUCUCUACCAAAGCCAGGAACAUUUGCAUUACUUGAGACUCAAUGGUGGGCGAUAUAGCAAAACUAUAUUACUAUACAAUUCAUUUUAUAUAUACAGUGUGCGUCUGAAUAUGUACAACAAUAUAUUGCUUUUUCUGAAGUUUGCUAACAUUUUAAAAUAAACAAAAUGUCCCAGGAAAACAAUAAUGCCACAUUUACAAAGCAGCGGUGUACGGCUGUGAGUGCACUUAGGUCAUGGAUGGAUAUGGCAUUGUAAAAAUAAACAAUUUAAAAAAGAAUAGAAGGAAAUAUCAAACAGUUAAAAAUAAAUGGACUAAUGGACUGAUGUCCAAAUAGUUCCUUGUUACUAUGCAAUUGAUGCAGUUAUUAUUCAUCGAUUGUUUUUUACAGGCUCUCUAUAAUUGUCCUAGGUCUGUUUUUUUAAUGAUAUGAGUACCGACAGUGCACUCAGAGAAGCAUAUUGUGACGUAAUUUAUUACAAUAUUGCCGACGUGUUGUAACCUGUGGACGUAAUUGUGCAAUAAAGCACUUAAGAGCCAUUUUAGAGUUUGCUCUCUUCCUAAAGCAAGAGGACUGGACAUUACACAAAGGCCAAUCAGAGUCAUUACACGCCAUUUAUCAUAAACUGUUAUCGUUAACAUUGACACAAAACACUGAACCUCAAAAAGUGUACACACAGAUCAGACAUGACAUUAAAAUC